AGGGGGAGAGGGAGGAGAUAGGAGCUAGUUGGUGGGUGAGCUGGUGGGAGAUCUGGAUGAACAAGGCAUUGCUGCAGAGGAGCCCCGGCAGGCACGGCUGCUGAGCUCAGUAUGGAGGAUCUGUAUCACUCUUACAGCCGGAGUCCCGUCUGGGAAGAACUGGAAUCGGAGAAGGUGGCGGCGGCAGCGGCCGGGGCGAUGGCGGGCCCUGGGGCCGGAGCUCCGCAACAGCAGGCGACCGGAGGCGGCCCGGGAGCCGCUGGGGACGAGUCCUCAGACAGCGAAGGGGAGCAUGAAGGGCCACAGAAACUCAUCAGGAAAGUGUCGACCUCCGGCCAGAUCAGGAGCAAGCACUUUACAAGGAAGAGAAAUGGGGGAGUGGCAUUUUCCCGAUGUUUUGGUGAACAUUGAUCUCUCAGUCAUCGCCAAUAUCACUACGAAGUCUGAACAAUGAAGUGAAACCAGAAAGACAUCUGACAUCAAUCUAAGCGCUGGAAAUGACAAUAGACAAAACAGCCCUGUCAACCCUGCAGAGCCCUUUCUGACUGUCAUCUGGGGGCUGGUGCCAAAAUUGAGGGAGCUGUCUCACAGACUAGUCAAGCAAAAGCCUGAUAUAGUCAUACUCACGGAAUCAUACCUUACAAUGUCCUAGACACCACCAUCACCAUCCUGGAUAUCUCCUUUGCACCAGCUGGACAGAUCCAGUAGACGUGAUGGCACAAUGGUGCAGAGUUGGGAAGAGUUGCUGAUUACCGAGUACCAUUCUCUGUUGCUUUUCUUUUAGGACCUUGCUGUGUCUAAUUUGGGUGCCAUAUUUACUUAAGCAACACUUCAAAUAUAAUUGUUCAUGAAACACUGAGUGAUGAGGUGAUUUGAGUCGUAUACAUCGAUGUAUAUGCAAAUUGUUUCUUUGCUUUUCUAUGUCAGGGCUCACUACCUUUUUGUUUCCAAACCCAUCUCCAUUUUGAUUUGAAAAACCUACACAGUCCAUGUAGACAAUGAAGUAUGUUUUAUAUUUUAAAAAGAGGUAGCGUUCAUUCAGCAUAUAUUUAUUAUAUUUGUUUUACUUAAUGUAACAUUUAUUUCUAUAGUGAAGUAAUUGUACUGCCAAGCUGUGGAGCAAUCUUUGACAUGCACAUAUGUGUAGCACCUUCACGGAAACCCCUACUAAAUGAUUCAAGCCCUUUGAUAUAGAGUGAUUUUACUCCUGAACAUAAAACCACUAAUGCCACCAGAGCAGCCACCAUUAUAACAAAAUCUUCUAUUUGACUGGGUUUUGAUUAGGAUCUUAAAAUUUUCAUAUUUUGGCAGUCCAUGACAUUAUAGUUUCCAUCAUGUUUAUACAGGAGGAAGGCAGGUAGCAAGACAGAGUAAUUUUUGACUUUUAACUGAGGAACAUAUUUUCAAUGAUCACAUAGUGAAAGUCGAAACUUAUUAAUCAAGUCAACAAUAUUGUAAAUAAAUAGAACAAAGAACUGCAGAUGCUGGAGAAUCUGAAACAAAAACAAAUUGCUGGUGAAAGUCAGCAUGUCUGGCAUCAUCUGUUAGAGGGAAGUGAAGUUAGUGCUUUGAGUAUGGUGACUCUUCUUCAGGAUAUUGCAAGUUGUCUCUUCAGAAGCAAACUUUGUUAAGAAAUGGGAAUAACUCUGCAGCUCUUCAUUUUUAAUUCAAUUUAACGUUUUCCCUUUCAUUCUAAUAUACUGUAACUUAAUAUGCUGCAAGAGUUUGCAAAAAAUGUCCAUGCAAACACUCACCUGCUUCAAUGCUUUUAAGAGUAAAGACUGUGUCUGGUUAAUAACAUCUUUCAAUCAUGCAUUCGUGACUCUUUCAAUCGUGUUUUUCCAGCCAAAGUGUCGCCUUUAUAAUUUGAUUAAAAUGGACCAGAUCUCAGUGAGCAGAUCAGAGACAGGAACCAAUGUCUUUUCUCAUUUGUGAACGUGACAGGAAUAGCAAAUAACAUAAAGAGAAUAAUCUGCCAAAGCUUUUAUGACCAAUUUGCUUCUGUUCUUGGGUGUAUCUGUUAGUAAAAUAGUCUCAUAGUGUAUGUUUACCAGUAAUUAUUGCACUCUGUUUUUUUUCCCCCCUUGAAAUGUAAUCACAGCCUUUUCUAAAUGUUUACAGCAGAUGAAA